AUGAAUGAACUAAAAAUCAUUUCAUGGAACUGCAAUGGCAUAAAGAACAAAACACCCGAACUCACAGCUUUCAUCAAAGAAAACAAAACAGACAUCAUCCUACUAGGUGAAACCCACUUGAACCCAAGAGACAAAUUAACAAUCCCAAACUACUACACGUAUAGAACUGAUCGACCAAAACCAGCGAAUUGCCCUACAACAGGUGGAACGGCCAUCCUCAUCCGUAGGAACAUACCCCACCAUUACCUGGUACUUCCAACAGAAAUGGAUUCUACUUCGAUCCAAAUAAAACUAAACAACAAUACGGCACAAAUCACCUCAGUUUACAAAAGCCCUAGAACAAAACUCCACCAAAAAGAUUUAGACACUCUAACAAAACACGAUGGACCCUUCCUAAUAGCUGGUGACCUCAACUCCAAGCACCCGACUUGGAAUAGCCGACAAACGAACACAUCAGGCAGAAAACUUCUUCAACACUCAGAAUCAAACAACUACAUCGUCAUCGCUCCUGAUUCACCGACACACUUUCCUUAUAACGGUAAACACCAACCUGACGUUUUA